GGAAAAUCCUGUCCCGUGGCAGCUCCGCACAGACAGACUCCAGCGCUAACGCCGAGCCUGGAGAGGAACAGGCUCCGGGCGCGGGAGAGGCUCAUUUAGCUCCCCCGACACCCCGCUGGGAUCUCCCUCGCUGCGCUCUGGGUCCCCCGGCAGAGUUCUGAGAAGGAUCAUCAUCAUGAGUUCCAUGGAAGAAGUGGAAACUGAAGAGACAGUAACUUGUCUCCAUAUAACUUUGUACCAUCCUUGCCAAGAAGAAAAGCAGGUGUUUCGCAGCUUAAAAUUCCACAAGCGAGAGCGGCGCAGGGUAGAUGAAGUGGCAAAGUUUGGCCGAGAUUCUAACAUCUGCCAUUAUAAUUUAAUGGAUACCCGUGUUUCCCGGGUUCAGUUUACCCUGCAGUUUUUCAGGCAACUCAACAGCUCAGAACUUGGUUUUGAGAUAAAGAACAUGAGCAAAAAAACCAAACUGAUUGUGGACAAUGUGGAACUGGACUACCUAAACAAAAUUGACCUGCCAUGGAAAUGCAUCAUUCGCUUUGGAGACUACCAACUCUUAAUGCAAAGACAAGAUGGGGAAUCAGUGGAUUAUUUUGAGACUUGCUUUGAGUUGGCCCAAGCUUCACUUUUGCAAGAGAGACACCUGCCUUUACUGCAGCCCAUACCUGAGUGUGGCAUUUCUCCUUCUUUGGUCUAUUCCCAAGGAGUAAGACCAAUAGAGGUGGAUGAAAAUGAUUUGUGAUAGAAGGGAGAAGGUUGCUUUCAACAGUGUCCAAUACCUAAUUCAGUAUGACUUCAGAGGAUCAAAUCUUAUCUCCUCAGUGCACUGCAUUUGUUUUGCUUUCCAUAGUUGCCACUGUUGUGUUAUGUAUUCUUCCUCUGUUGCACACACUGUUUAAACAUAUCAGAACGUACUUAUUUACAAAUGUCAUUAGACCUGCAUCA